GAGAGAAAAAAAAUAGUUAGCUUGACCAAGGUAAAACCCCUUCCGUUCCCUUCUCAUUUGUUCAACGGAAAUGGUCGGAAACAAGAACUUGACCGAAACAUUUUGACACUAUUUCGCCUGAGAUCACGACCCACCAUUUUCAAAACCCCUACAUACCGAUUCCUCAAAAAAAGCCAUUGAAGAGCUUCUCCCCUGUUCCCAGAUCCGAACGGGAUCAGAGAUCCUCGAUUUAAGUUCACUUUGAAUGGCAGGCCAUUGAAUAGCUUCUCCCCAGCUUCUUGAAUGGCGAAUCUGCGGAAAGGCAAGCUCCUUUUCAUCUAUUUUCUAUUCGUUUUUUCUUUUCCCCAUGUUUCUAGGGUUUUUGUAUGUAGUUCCAGCUCCUUUGAGCUGAAUCAAUCUGAAAUCGAAGUCCCUUUUGAAAUUAAACAGUAUAAUCUACUAAAAAAUCUUGAAGAGUUAGUGAGAAACCUUAGCGAUGUAGUUUCUAAGUUGGAGUUGAGGUUAUCUGAUAUUCCCACGGCGGUGCAUAAAGAUAAACUGAAUACUGAUGCUUCGAGACGGGUAGUGUCUGAGGUGGUUGGGUUAGGCGGGGUAAAACGGAAAGGGAAAGAAGAUGGUCUGAAUGAUGGUGGAGAUGGCGGUUUGGACAAUAAAAUUCAAGAUGGAGGUAGAAUGAGAGCUGUUUCAGUGACCAAAUACAGUCCAUUUUGGUCUGAGAGGUUCCACUUUUUGUCUGCUGUGAAACUGGAGUCUGAUGCUACUUGUAUCAAUGUCUUGCCUAUUAGGGAUUUUGAGGGGCAUAGCAAGUAUGUUGCGGUUGGAGAUGAGAAAGGGAGAAUUUAUGUGUUUGUUAGAAAUGGAGAUGUUGCGAUUGAGCUUCCUACGGUGUCUGAAUCACCCAUUACAGCAAUGCUGUCAUAUACGUCCAUUUAUAAGAACGAGACACUUCUUGUUACUGGGCACAAUAAUGGGGCGAUCUUGAUGCAUCGGAUUUGGGAGGGAUUGAAUGGGGAGGAGUUGAAUUCCAUUUUCAUGGAACAUGUUGUGGAAUUUGUUGCCACUGACAGUCGGGAGGACGACUCGCCGAUUUCCAUAUUGGAAGUGCAUCAUGUUGGGAGGACUAGGUACAUUCUGUCUUCAGAUUUCAGGGGAAAGAUCAAGGUUUUCAAAGAAGAUGGUACGGUUUAUGGUUCUGUCACGCUGAUGAGUAGGCCAAUAGCAUUCUUGAAGCAGAGGCUUUUGUUCUUGACAGAAAGUGGCGCUGGCUCAUUGGAUUUGAGAAGCAUGAAACUUAGGGAGGCUGGAUGUGAGGGAUUGAAUUAUUCUCUUGCUCGGAACUACGUAUUUGAUGCCACAGAGCGAUCUAAAGCCUAUGGUUUUACAUCAGAUGGUGAUCUAAUUCACGUUUUGUUGUUGGGAGAUAUAAUGAACUUUAAAUGUAGGGUCAGAUCUAAAAGGAAGUUUGAGCUUGAUGAACCGCUUGUCUUUCAGGCAAUUAAGGGUUAUUUGCUUGUGAUCAGCAAUGAGAAGGUUCAUGUUUUCAAUGUGUCGUCUCAACAUUAUGUUAGAGUCGCUGCACCAAGGCUUCUAUUUUCUGCUGGUCUAGAUGAGAUCAGGUCAUCUUUCUUAAAUUACCAGAAUUUGAAUUUAGAGUCUGAAGGAAAAUUUAUACCCUUAAUAUCUAGCGAUCAUGAAAAGCUUGUGGUUCUUGGACUUGGGGGUGGAUAUGUAGGAAUGUAUCGCUCUAAUCUUCCAAUUUUUAAAGGAGAGUUCAAUUCAAUGCUCUGGACAAGCCCUGUUCUGUUUUUCAUACUCUUUCUCUUUGGAGCUUGGCAAUUCUUUGCCAAGAAGAAGGAGGCGCUCACUUCAUGGGGACCCGAUGAUCCUUUUACUGCCACUUCACCAACUACUGGAGUUCCACUGGGAACUGGAUCCAGCGAGCGAGCAUCUUUCAUAGACACUCCUUCGAGAAGUACCGAUAUGAUGGAUCUCAGAGGCGGUGGUGGCAUAAGAGGACCACCACGACAUUAUGGUUCUCCUACAGGGUAUCCAGGUGGGGCAACAAGUUCCUUUAGGCCACCUACAACAAGUGACCAUAGCUCGAGACCGGCUGCAGUUGAUCCAAGUUAUAGAGCAGCUUCAGAGCUAAAAUUCAGGGGAUCACCUUUAGAACCUCCAGGAUUUCCGAAACGACGGGAGCCUCUAUUUGCAAACAAUCAGGUGGUUAAUCAGAUGGUGGAUGAAAGCAGUUAAAAGAGAAGUAGGUAUCAGCUAGAAAGAGUUUCAAGUUCCCGAGUCCUGACUACUUUUUCAUUUUUUCCUGAUAGCUUCAAAGAGUUUCAAGUUCCUGAAGCCUGAUUACUUUUUCUUUUUUUCCUGAUUGUUUGCUGGUUGGUAUAAACACGUUUGAUCUCGCAAUAUAUCUAUAUCUCUGUUUUGUAGUUACAUGCAAAGGAAAAAGAAAAAAAAAAUAGUGAAAUUAUGCAAUAUUCAUCUUCAAAUUGUUGUUCCCCUUUGUAGUCUACGUCUACUCAGUAAGAUUCCAUCAUGCUUGCUCGAUGUUUAACCUCAAA